AUGCUGGUGGUGGAGGUGCAGGCGCUGCGGGAGCGCCUGGGAGUCGGGGGACGCACGGUGGGCGCUCUGCCCCGUGGGCCCCGCCAGAACUCGCGCCUGGGCCUUCCGCCUCUGCUGGUGCCUGAAGAAGCCCGGCUCCUGGCUGAGAUAGGCGCUGUGACCCUAGUCAGCGCCCAGCGUCCGGAUCCCCGCAACCAUGGCUUGGCCCUAGCAUCGUUCAAACACCAGCAAGAGCAGAGUUUCCAGGAUCAGAGCACUUUGGCAGCCGAGGCCCGAGAGACCCGGCGUCAGGAGCUCCUAGAGAAGAUCGUAGAGGGCCAGGCUGUCAAGAAGCAGAAGCUGGAACAGGAUUCAGGGGCAGAUGAAGAAGGCCAAGAAGCCGGUGGAAGUGAAGCUGCCCAAGGGAGUGAGACCAGUAAUGAUGAUGGCCAGGCUUCUGCGGAGCAGGAGGGAGCAGAUUCUUCAUCGCCCCAACCAGGACCUUCAAAUGGGGCGACUCCUUUGCCCAGAUCAGCCCUGCUUAUCCAGCUGGCCACUGCUAGGCCUCAGCCUGUAAAAGCUAAGCCUCUGGACUGCCGUGUGCAGUCCAAAGACUGGCCCCAUGCUGGCCAUCCUGCCCACGAGCUGUGCUAUAGCAUCUACAGGGACCUAUGGGAGAGAGGCUUCUUCCUCAUCGCAGCUGGAAAGUUUGGUGGUGGCUUCCUGGUCUAUCCUGGCUGCCUGGGAACCAGUGUCAGAAAGACCCUGCUUCUCUGCUCCCCUCAGCCUGAUGGGAAGGUGGUCUAUACUUCCCUGCAGUGGGCCAGCCUCCAGUGAGCUGGAGACUGAGGGGGAUGUGCUGUGUGUGGCAAG